GUAAAUUGCCCGCAUUCGUGUCUCACCUUUGCAGGGGUCAGAUCGGAACGAGGUUAUCCGCAGAGACCGAGAUGCCAUGGCCUGGUUUGCGAAAAGCCGAAUGAUUUCCGCUUUUUGGUUCUCUGACAGAAUAUUUUGCUCUCUUUUUUUCUUUCUGUCUAUCUUUAGGCUUUUUGCGGGACUUCUAUCUCCCUUCUACCCUGACCACACAUGCCUAUCAGCAUCACGGCUAGUUCGAAAAUUCGGUUGGUCUUUACCUGUUAUCGAGAUCGUGCUUGCGUCUGGCGUUGUCACCAUCGUUGCUUCAGGGUAUUGUCGACCAGAAUUCAUGGGGAUGGAGACGCGUCGCAGAAUGCUCUCACUCCCCUGGACUGGGAGGCGUUCAAAGGAAGAAAAGUUUCGGUCGGUAAAAGCAAUGUCAAAAGCUCGAACCCACGCCCUGGUGGUACUUGGGCGGAAGAAAAACCCUUAGACAAGUGGCGGAUUCCCGCAUUCAAUGACGGAGACAAACACCGAAAUGAUCAUUUUGAAAACAUGGACCCAAAGAUAUUCAGAGAGGACAGAAGAAGAGCCUGAGAUCGUUGUACGUAG